AGAGGGGAAAGGUUUCCUGACGGAUCACCGGGCUAACCAGCUAACAAAGAUAACUUCCCGUUCAUCAGCGGUUUAAUCAGGUUCACCGGUUAGACAGACACCCGGACCGAAGAAACAAGAUGACAGCCGCACCUUACAACUACUCCUACAUCUUCAAAUACAUCAUCAUCGGUGAUAUGGGAGUAGGGAAGUCGUGUCUGUUGCACCAGUUCACAGAGAAAAAAUUCAUGGCGGACUGUCCUCACACCAUCGGGGUGGAGUUCGGGACGAGGAUCAUGGAGGUCCACGGUCAGAAGGUGAAGCUGCAGAUCUGGGACACGGCCGGUCAGGAGCGUUUCAGGGCCGUCACCAGGUCCUAUUACAGAGGGGCUGCCGGGGCCCUCAUGGUGUACGACAUCACCAGGAGGAGUACUUAUAAUCACCUGAGCAGCUGGUUGACAGAUGCGAGAAACCUGACCAACCCAAACACAGUGAUCAUUCUGAUUGGUAACAAGGCCGACCUGGAGGCUCAGAGAGACGUGACGUACGAGGAAGCCAAACAGUUUGCAGAGGAGAACGGUUUGCUGUUUCUAGAGGCCAGCGCCAAGACAGGUGAGAACGUGGAAGAAGCCUUCCUGGAAGCAGCAAAGAGGAUUUACCAGAACAUCCAAGAUGGCAGUCUGGAUCUGAACGCUGCUGAGUCGGGAGUCCAGCACAAACCGUCUGCGCCACAGGGAGGCCGCCUCAAUGCAGACAGCCAGCCGGCCAAAGAAGGCUGCAGCUGCUAACCACAGACACAAACUACAGACCCAUCAAACAGGCAGACAGACAGACGGACAGACAGACGGACAGAGGCAGACAGAUACGUACACAGAGAUCCACCAGGCGCUAACAGGCGCCUUCUAUCCAGAGUGUGUCAAACAGGAUUUAGCUGAAUUACACAGUCCAACCGCCUGUUGUUGAAUCCAGACGUCAGUCCAGUACCCAAAAUAAGAUCCAAACAUUCUCCACCCGAUCAGUUUACCAGCUUUGGUUAAAUCAGGACUCCCUCCACCAAGUCCAUAAACUAUCCAGACAUCUGUGUGCCACUCAGAUUUGGAUCAGUGUUGGACAACACCCAAAUCAGGACCACCCUAGACCUUAACCUGAACCACUCUCUGCACUCAGUAUAAAUCUUGACCACUCUUAGACCAUGCUGGGUCUCAGUCACUCUGCCCAUCACUAGACAUCCAUUUACCCCAAAACUGGACUACCCUGCGGACCUUUCAUGUCCAAAGCAUUGUUUGCCCAACUCAAGUGAGGGUUGUUCAAAUUUGGGAUUACCCUGGUCACACUUGUGAAAUACUGAUGACCCUAACCGACAAAAAACAGUUACAAGGCUCAAAUUUGAGUCAACCUACAGCCCAUAACUGGACUACACUUCACCCAAAGGGGUUGCCUUAGUUGGAUGUUGCAGUGGACAGAUCUAGAGCGGAGGCUUAAGAUGGGUUCCUGGUCCACGUCAGCUCGCAUUCAGGCGUGUUUGACCCAAAGGUAGGCCAAGCAGGACCGUUCUAAACCUGGAAUAGGACACCUCUCAGCCCCUCUCCAGACCACCUUUUCUCUGGACCUCCCUCUGGACCCUAUCUCUUCCGAAUCUGGAGCCUGUCAUCUGGAGUCAAUUAUGGGUAGUCCCUCAAAAUUGAACUACCCUCAUUCCAAAUGCUUAAUGUCCAUGUCCCAAGAAACAAAAAAGAUACAAAGCUCAAUUUUGAAUCAACCUACAGCCCAGAGCUGGACUACACUUCACCAUAAAGGGUUGCUUUAGUUGUAAAUCUGGACAUUGCAAUAGACAGAUCCAGAGCCUAGGCUCAACGUAGGCUCCUGGUCCAAUUCGAGACUGCCUUCAGCUCACAUCCAGACAUUCUUGACCCAAAGGUAGGCAACCUUUUUCUUGGACUACCCUAUGGACAUUUCUAUUCCAAAUCUGGAGCCUGUCGUCUGGAGUCCAGAGUUGGUCAUCCAUCCAGUUUGGACUAACCUUGUCCCAAACUCAAAACACCCACGUCCCAAGAGACAAAGAUAUGAAGCUUAAAUUUAGACCAUCUUCAACCUUAAUCCGAUCUACACUGAUCUCCACCAAAAGGCUAUACACCUUAGUUCCAGCAGGUCAUUGCUAUGGACACAUCCAGAGCCUUGGCUCAAGGUGGACUGCCCUUGGUUCAAAGUGAAACCACCUUCAUCCUUAAAGUCAGAGGUAGGACAAGCUGGACUGAUCUAAGCCCAGAAUACCACGGCCCUUUUUCCAAGACUGGACCCACAUCAAUAUUCAAAUCUAGACCUUAAUUAAGCUUUUAUCUGAUCUGCUACAAAUCGUCCAAAAGAUCGUCCUCAGCUCUGACGUUCACUCUUUGAUAUGAACUUUUGGAUUAACAGUUGUACUUACGUCUUAUUCGUGUGUGAUGAUAUCCCAUAUUUUGGAAAAGUCUUAAAAAUUCAUGCUUCAAUUCAUUAAUUCUAACACAGAGUGCCUGGACGUCUGAACUCACCUUUGGGGAUUCCCUCUUCCUCUGCUCAAGUUCAUGCAGCGGAACUCCUCGUCUCAUUCGUUCCUAACGCAUGAGUUUCCAAACAAAAACAAGAAACCAGCUGCCCUUCGAACUUCUGACCCACUGUAUUUACACUGUGUCGGUAACGUGGAUCAGAGGAUCCAUCUGCACUGUAGAUGUUGAUGUGGAUCGGAGACUUUGAAUCUGUUGUUCUGGUGGUAAAAUGCGUCUCUGCAGGCGUUCCAGUCACACCUGGAGCUGUUGGUGUAAUUUCACUAACAGUCACCUCGAAUGCAGUUUAAAGGGUUACUCCAUGCUCAGCACCACUCAGCCUCUGAAAAGUACUUGUGUAGUGUCUUCUGUGGUUAUGGAGGAGCUCCCUGCGAAACUAACUGGCCCCAGUUUGAAGACCCUCUCUAAUGAAACCGCAUGUUACAAACAGCUGGUGCGCACUUAAAAGGUCGUGGGCAUUCACCAGGCGGACUGGGUUGACUGAAAGACGGUACCAAGUUGCUUUAUGAAAAUUGUAGGAUCCAGGGUUUUGGAGUUUGACCCAUAUAAUGUACUAAAAGUCGGGAUAUCUCGGCCUUCGCCGCUUCAGUCUUUCUUAAAUGUGUCUCUCACAAGUUCCCCAGUUUAUGAAAGGGCGAUACUAAAAGCUUUAGCUUGCUUCAAAUAAUUAACAUCAAUCUUGUCUAAAUCGUUGUUCUCCUUUAGUCCAAACUUUAAGGACGGGUCACAGAAAAGAUCGGAAAAUACGAGAUCUUGGUAACUCCAACAUUGUGACCCGAUCCAAAACUGAGCUAGAACCUGAAACCCUACUGAAUCCAAAGUCCAGAAAAACGAGUGUCCAAAAAAAAAGACAAGUCCGAAAAGUUCCUGAAGAUGCUUCAACCCUGUUGGACCAAUUUGACUGAACAUUAUCUGGACCCGGCCUUACUUGGGUCCUGGAUCUGCUCUCUGUUUCUAGGAACCUGAGUGGAUCUUCAAAGGCCAUUUAACAAAUGUGUUCACAGACAGGAACUCUGAACCCAACAUCUCUUCAUCUCCACUCUUUGCCUUUUUUUAAAAAUCUAAAAAAUUUUAACUGAAUGACUUAAAAUAUUACGAAGCCCCUAAAGUCCUGAAAGUUUAAAUUUUUACUUUGUGCACACAAGAUAAAAAAAAUUCACCUUUCAGAACUUCAGGGGCUUCAAAGAAAAUCAGUCGCUCUGUUGAGAGAUAAAGUUUAUGAUUGAUGAAGGUGAUGAUGAAGAAUAAAAUGACUUACCUGAACCAGAAUGUCACUACUGGUCCUGCCGUGGAUCAAAGUUCAGGAUAGAGUUUUGUUAGAUUCUUCUCGUUAAUGUUGAUUUUUUUCUUAUGUGUUUUCUUAUGUCCCAAAUAUAUCUACACAGUAUAUUUUCAAUGUCACAGUUCCCCCUAGUGGCCAUUAUCUGCGUCUCUCCUGGUUCAAUGCGUAUCGAGGGAAGCGACGCAGAUUCUUUUAAUUUAUUGCUGCCUGUUUUUGGUUUUCCUUUUAACGUCCAGUUGGGGUUUCACUUCACUCAAAUUCUGGUUCAGUACCGCUAAAUUAUCACACGUUUUAGCUAGCUCCGCUAAAGGUGUCAGACAAAGUAACUGCGUGUGAAAGUUGCAAGAGAUCAAAAUCUUGGAGACAUGAAAAUGAAAAUGCAUAAAAUUUGGCCUUCCACUGUAACAUCAGACAUUUUCUGCACGUGUGAUCAGAUUCAGCUCAAAACAUUCGAGCCUUUACAACCUGAAGUGCUUUAAAUUUCACCAACUAAAUGAUUAAAUGUAAAAUUAAUUCAUGGUGUUUAAAGAGUGUGCGUUCCAGCACUACAAGAACCAGUUCUCCCAGUCUGUCUAACUGGAUCGGUCAGUAAAUUUUGUUCCUUAAGAAGCAUUCCUAAACAGCCAGCUACAAACAACAAAGUAGCUCCACUAAACUUUAUUUUAAAUGUAUUUUUUUUUAUUGUGUGGUCACUAGAGAAAAACCAAAACAAGCCGACAGAUGCGCACACAGUAUAACACGUGAUGUCUCUGAGCUGAUACGACUGCUCUUGUUGAAAGAUAAUCAUCAGAGUUACACUAAAUUAAUCAGUUGUCCAGCUUCAGUUCAUGUCCAGUGUCUCUCCAGCAGGGAAAAUACGCAGUAAAAUAUUAUUCAGUUCACCGCUGAAACACCAAGGAGGAGUUAGAGGUUUUUAAAAAGUCUGAUUGAGUCCAAGAAGCCACAAAUGUCACCAACAGAUCGUCUGAUGAGUCAAAGUAUUAAAAUGAUAACUAGGGCUGUUAAAAAAUUUAAAAAAUAAUCUAAUGACCUGCUCUGUGAUUAACUAAUCUAAAUUAUUUGCAUACAUCAGUUUUUGCUGAAGUGUUUAAAAAAUUUCAGUUCAAUUGAAUGUUGUCAGAUGUGUCAUAGUGAAGCUGCUGGAUGUUGGACACAGUUGGCCUCAUGUCCUCGACCAACCAAACUGUCUGCAGUCCAUUCUGUGAGGGAGUUAGUGAGUCGGUCACAGGUAGACUGACUCAGUCUGAACACCUGGUCCAGCUUGACUUGACGAGACUGGCUGCUAGCGUUAGCAUCAGAGGCUGUGUUAGCUCAGACCUCUGGGUUCGCUGCUAAAGUCUUUGUGUUGAGGUGAUAUUUCAGACUGAAGUUCUCAACAGUGCUCUUAUCAACAGCUCCCUCUGGGCGUUUUUUAAAUGUAAAUGUUCCGUUCAUGGGGCCGAGUAGCGUCGUCUCGUCUGCCUCCAUCAUGUGACAAAGACACUGUGGCCUUCAGUGACGCACCGGGUCAGAGGUCACCACGGGACGCCAUUAAUCAGUGUUAAUUUUUUUAACAUGUAAUUUUUUCAUUGAUUAGUUAAUCAAAAUUAAUGCAUUAUUUUUGACAGCCCUAGUUAUUAUAUAAAAAUACAUUGAGGUAAUUAAUCAAAAUUAUAAACUUUCAAUACAUUUGAACUCUGUAUUUUACCCCCACAUGUAUUUUUGGCUCCUUGUGUAUUUGCAAACACAUUUAAUCACGUAUUUACCUUUUCCUUUUUAAUAAAUGAGCCUGUAAAAGAAAAAUACUGUAAAAUAAUAAUUUUAAAAAACAGCAAUGAAAAGUUAAGAAUGACAAAAAUAGAGUUUUGUUGCUUCUUGGACGUCAGAGUAAAAUGCAAAACGCAACCGCCGUUGUUUUCCCGCCCGGCUCACCUCGACUUCCUCUGUGACCCGGUGGCUCAGAUUCUGGCGAUGUCGCUCAGAUCUCGUGUACGUAUCCCGUCAUGACUGAAGGAUAUUAAAGCUCAGUGCCGUCUGAGGACGCCUGGAGCCCGCACUCUUUAACUGUGUCCACAUCUGUCUGAACGGAGAGUGAUUUUACUCUUCGCUGUCCUCUGAUUGGUGGACAGCAGCCUUCUUCAACUGUGAUGCUUGAUUUCUGAAUGAAGCCCCUCCCUCACUGUAAAAACACAUCAGACUCUCAUGUUUUCAUCACGUAAUAACCUGCACGACACACUCGCCGGGGAAACUGAACUCUUUAUUUUAAAGCAGAGAAAACUGUUUGUUUUACUUGGAGAGAUUUUAACAAGUUUUCAGAAACCAAAGGGUCACAAAAUGAAGGAGAACCUGUGAAGUUAAGUUGUGACUGCCGCCUUAAGCAUCCCUCACCAAAGGUAAACACGCAUUUGAUAAUUAAAAAACUAAAAAAUCAGAACAUGAAUUAAAUGCAGCAGCAGUGCCGGUCCUGCAGGUGCAAUGCUACUGCAGCAUCAUCGCCUUUUAAACUUUAAAAGAAUUCAGCUAAAAGAUCUCUGAUGUCAUCACAGCGCCACCAGAGUCCAUAGCGUAUGCAGUGUGUUUGUUCCAGAUGGAGCUGUGAUCAGGCUGAAAUUAAUAAAGACAAAAUUAUUGUCAGAUAUCUGGUUGUGCCCCCCCUCGCUGGCUGUAACAUGCACUGUAUAUUUUUAUUUCCUGUCUGUUGAUUUUCUGUCUGCUAAAGUAACAAACAUGCUUCUUAUGAUUCUUUGACUAUUUAUAUUCUAAAUCUGUGAUGAUUUUUCUUCAGCUGUAUCUUUUCAUUGUUCGACCGCGGGGAUUCAGUUAUUUGUAAAUAAAGUAUACAUACUGUAUAUAC